UCAAACUAAACAGUGUCAAAAAAUGUAAACACCACCGUUUCACAAAUAUUAAUGUUUAUGAGAUUUAUCUUGUUAUACGUAAUAACCAAAUAUAUUUUAUAUCUAUUUAUAAAUAUAGAAGAUAUUCAAUAUGCAACCUGAAUUACACGUGGAUCCAAACAUUUAUACAAGGCCAUUCCCUCGUUUUGAUCGUCCCAUGAUUAUUGGUUACAUUGGUCUAGAAAAUCUCAAGUAUGCCCGCCGCAUUGGUAAUGAAAGAGUUCGUUAUGACUUAAAUUUGCAUUUAGACAAGGCGAUACACCGACCACAAGACUUGGAUGUUAGACUUAACGACUUACUGAAGUUUUUAUUGGCACAUGAACACCGCUUGAAUUUUCCUAUAGAAAAUAAUUUAGAUAAGGCUAAAUUCUUUUGCUAUCGGGGUCUAAUGACUUGUGUGGCUUGUACUCCGUACGAAAAUAGGGAACCUUGGAAAAUUGUAGCUAUUUUAUAUAAAGGGAAUAUUUAUCUUUGUGCAAGAGAUACAGAGGAGAAAUUGCACAGGAAACUAAAUAUGACUGAGAGAGACAAACAAUUUACCUCAUGGGGCUAUAAGUUUGAACAGUUCCUUUUGUCUGAUGAACCUGACUCUGAACCAAACCCAGAUGUUCCAGUGGAUGAAAAUGAGGAGUUCUCAUUAGUCUUUACAACAAAUUUGAAGGGUCACACAAUAGUGUAUGGAGCUGAAAUGGAUGGAAUCAGAUGUGACAAGGAGGCUGUUUCAAAGCCUCCUUCAGAAUUGGGACCAGAAGCUAUAAUUAAAUAUUUAUCUACAAAAGAGUUUAUUGAACUUAAAACUAAUAGGCAUAUAGAACAUCCAAAACAGGAGACUAGCUUUAGACGAUUUAAAGCAAAGAAGUGGUGGUGUCAGUCAUUCCUUGCUGGCAUAGACACCAUACUGUGUGGAUACAGGAACGAUGAUGGAAUUGUAGAAGAAUUGAAAACCUGGAAAAUUCGAGAUUUAGCAAAAAUGUCUCAGAGAUUUUGGAAUCCUAAUGUUUGCUUCAAUUUCCUGGAUACCUUUUUCACAUAUGUCAAGAGAUGUUUAGCAAGAGAGAUAAAACACAAACACGGGGAAAAGGCAUUAAACAACAUUCAUCAACUACCUUUGAUGAGCCUAAUGUUUGAGUGGAAUCCAGGCAUGCCAGUCCAGGUAACAGGGAAUUAUUCGCAUCAAGAUGACCCUAUACUGUGGCCAUGGUUCAUAGAAAAUUAUGGCAAAAGUGCAAAUAAUGAGUAAUGGGAAGAGACUUACUAGGUAAGUAUAUUUUUGUAAAAAAAAAAGUAUAGUUAGAAUGUAAGUGUUAAUUGUUUUGGAAAAUUCAGUGUACUUGGUUGUAAAGAAAAUAUCGGCUACUAUCGUACCAUUUAUUAUCACUGCAUAGCAAAUGGUGUAAAUCAACAUCCAUAAAAGACUAAUCAACAACAUGGAUAUCUUCGCUUACAACUAGAUAUGCUUAAUAUAGCUAAUAUGUAUUUUAUCGUACAUCAAUAAAAAAUAUUUAGAAAAUAAAAACAAUAAUUAACAGAACAACCUAGUUGUAAUAAAAAUAAAAUGGUGUCAUGUAUUAAAACGUUCCAACCAAUGAUAAUGCUGUAUUUACAUAACAAUGAUUUAUUUUAGCAACAAAAUCUUGACAUGGACAUUGGUACAUUUAUAUAAACAUAUAUAUUUUAAAAUUUUAACAAUUAUUCCUAAAAGAAAUCAUGUUAUCAAUAUUAAAAUUAUACCAUCUUAUAUGUAUUAAUUUUAACAUUUAUAUUUUAUAAUUAUUGAAUUUUAAUAAAGUAUACAAUAUACAUUCAUUAUGAUUGAACAAAAUAUAAUACAAAACAUUCAAUUUAUUGUUAAUUUAAUAAAAUCGUUUUACACUUCACUUACAAUUUAAACAUCUUGUUUUCGUCGUUAGAUUUAAACAUCAAAUACAAAUAAUAACUAUCUACAGGUACACAUUAACAUUAGAACAGAAAUAUCUCCUAUGUUUAAGAACGUUAAAAUUUCGUUAAAACUAUUUAUAAAGCCACUGAUCAUUGCAAUCUCAUUUUGAUUUCAUUAAAAAAAAAUUGUGAUUUAAUAGAAUCCAAUUAGCACAUUAUUACAUAAACAUAAGGAUAAAAAUGCUUUGUUAUAAGAGUUUGACGCAACGCAAUGGCUUCAAUGAUGAUGUAUAUGUUCGAAAGUUAUUAUUGUAUUGACCCAUACUGUAAGUGCGGAACACACCGAAAUCACAAUUUAACAAGUUUCUCAAUUGGUGAUGUUCAAAUUUUUUUCAUAUUACAAAUAUUGAUUAGUACCGACGACCUGUCAAAACGUAAGAUACACAAACAUUGUGUAUUAAAAUCUCACAGUCAAACAAUGUGCACGAAUAUUGUCAAAUUAAAUAUUUUAAUUACAAAAUAUUUACGAUUAA